AUGGACGUCGCCGACACCGAAGGCCGCGCGAACGGCACCGUAAACGGCCACGGCACAAACGGGACCACCAACGGGACCACCAACGGCCACGCUGUCGCUGCUGCUCCCGACAAUGGCGCAAACACAUUCUACUACCCCAAGGAGGUGCCCGCCAACACCCCCUACGAGGUCCUGCAGCAGUACCAUUCCAAGCCGACAAAGCUGCGGGUUGCAUGUAUCGGAGCGGGUGCGUCGGGCUUGUGUCUGGCGUACAAGAUGGAGAGGCAAAUGGUGCCCGGAAGCUGGGAGCUCACGCUGUUCGACAAGAACCCGGUCUUUGGCGGCACCUGGGUCGAGAACACGUACCCGGGCGUGGCAUGCGAUAUCCCUUCCCCUCUGUACACGUACACGUGGGACCCCAAACCGGACUGGUCGCACUACUUUGCGUACGGCGGCGAGAUCCGCGAGUACUUCAACGAGUUUGCGCGCCGGCACGGCUCGGAAAAGUACAUGAAGCUCAACACCAAGGUCGUCGAGGGCAGGUGGGACGAGCAAAAGGGCGUCUGGAACCUGACGCUCGAGGACCAGCGGACCCGGGAAAAGUGGCACGACUGGUGCCACUGCCUGGUCAACGGCGCGGGCAUCCUCAACAACUGGAAGUGGCCCGACAUCAAGGGGUUCGAGACGUUCGCGGGCCCCAAGAUGCACUCUGCCAGCUGGGACCACGGCGUCGACUUCAAGGACAAGACGAUUGCUGUCAUCGGCACGGGCAGCUCGAGCGUGCAGAUUGUGCCCGCGCUGCAGCCCGUCGUGAAGAACAUGAAGGUGUUUAUGCGCUCGUCGACCUGGAUCUCUCCUCCCUUUGGCGGCGGCGUGCUCGAGGAGGACCUGCGCAAGCCGAAAGAGGGCGAGGACAGCGGGCCACAGCCGGGAAAGCGGCAGUACACGUUCACCGACAAGGACAAGGCCAAGUUCAAGAACGACCCAGAGUACUUCCUCCUGUUCCGCAAGCGCAUCGAGGCCGAGAUCAACUCCCUCUUCGGCAUGUACCAGCAAGGGUCCGAGAUGAACGACGCCUUCCGCGCCGCCAUCACCGAGGAGAUGCACCGCCGCAUCGGCCCGGGCCACGAGAAGCUCAAGCAGUUCAUCAUCCCCAAGUGGUCACCAGGCUGUCGCCGCAUCUCCCCAGGGGACGGGUACCUCGAGGCGCUGGUGCAGGACAAUGUCGAGACGGUGUUUGGCGGGAUCCGCGAGGUCACCCCCACGGGUCUCAUCUCCGACGACGGCACCGAGCACAAGGUUGACAUCCUCGUGUGCGCGACGGGCUUCGAGGUCGCCUUCAAGCCCGCGUUCAACCUCGUCAACGGCGAUGGCGUGUCGCUCAACGAGGACUGGGGCGAUGAUGGGGUCAACUUGUACCUUGGCGUUUCGGCGCCGCGGUUCCCCAACUAUUACACCAUCGUUGGCCCCGGCGCGACAUGGUCAUCCGGCACACUGCUCCCCUCGAUUGAGACGACCAUCGAAUACUCGAUCAAGAUGAUGAAGAAGAUCCAGCAUGAGAACAUCCGGUCCAUCGCCGUGCGGCAGGAUGCCGUCGACGAUAUCUAUGCGCACUUUGACGCGUUCCACAAGACGACCGUCUUCCAGGAGGAGUGCCGCUCCUGGUUCAAGGCCGGCAAGGAGAAGAGGCGGAUCUAUCUGUGGCCGGGAUGCACCAUCCACUUCCUCAAGACGAUCAAGGAGCCCCGCUUCGAGGACUACGCGAUCCGCUACCGAUACCCGAACCGCUUCGCCUUCCUCGGAAACGGCGAGAUCAAGGCCAACGUGACCAAGGACGUGCUCGGCCUCAGCACGUACGUGCGCUCCAGCGACCACGAGUGGUCCGUCGAGUAA